AUGGAGCGGAUGGAAGACGAAAAGCCGAAGAAGAAGGUGACCCUUUACCUUCUGUUCUGUGUUUCAACAGCAGUCAUCGGCUCGCUACAAUUUGGCUACAACACCGGGGUCAUCAAUGCACCAGAGCAGAAACUGCGUAGGUUUUUCCAGAAUGUGUCAGCGGAGCGGUACGGGGAGCCUUUCAGCCAAGGAACUAUCACCAUGUUGUGGAGUGUUGCUGUGGCCAUCUUCAGUGUGGGAGGCAUGGCCGGGUCUUUCUCUGUUGGAGCCAUGGUCAACAAAUUUGGCAGGCGUAAAUCCAUGGUGCUUGCUAAUGUCCUGGCUGUACUUGGUGGCGGUCUGAUGGGACUGUCAGUUCUGUGUCAAUCGUUUGAGGUGGUCAUUGUUGGCCGGCUGAUCAUCGGUGUGUUCUGUGGUCUGUGCACGGGACUGACACCCAUGUACAUAGGCGAGAUCUCUCCCACUGCUCUCCGAGGAGCCUUCGGCACGCUGCACCAGUUGGGUGUAGUUAUUGGCAUCCUGGUGGCACAGAUCUUUGGUCUGGAGUUUCUGCUUGGCUCAGACACUCUGUGGCCUCUGCUGCUGGCUCUGACCAUCCUGCCUGCUAUACUGCAGACCAUCAUGCUGCCGUUCUGCCCUGAAAGCCCCCGCUACCUGAUCAUUGUCCUCAACGAGGAGGAGAAGGCAAGAAAGGCACUGGUGCGUCUGCAUGGCUCUGAAGAUGUCAGCAAUGAUAUUCAGGAGAUGAAGGAAGAAGGGAUGAAGAUGGCCAUGGAAAAGAAAGUGACCAUCCCUGAACUCUUCCGCUCUCCUAACUACCGUCAACCAAUUGUUAUCGCUAUCAUCCUCCAGCUCUCUCAGCAGCUGUCUGGCAUCAACGCUGUAUUUUACUACUCCACAGGCAUAUUUGACACAGCUGGUGUUACUCAACCUAUCUACGCCACCAUAGGAGCUGGAGUUGUCAACACUGUGUUUACUGUUGUCUCUCUCUUUCUGGUUGAACGGGCUGGGCGAAGGACAUUGCACCUGAUUGGACUGGCUGGAAUGGCUGUCUGUGCCCUCAUUAUGACAAUCUCCCUGUCUUUGGUGAAGACCAACGAGUCUCUAAGCUAUCUGGCCAUAGUGGCUGUGUUCGGCUUUGUUGCCAGUUUUGAGAUGGGUCCAGGUCCCAUCCCCUGGUUCAUCGUGGCUGAGCUCUUCUCCCAGGGGCCACGUCCUGCUGCCAUGGCCAUCUCUGGUUUCUCCAACUGGACCGCCAACUUCCUGGUGGGGCUGACUUUCCCUAAACUGGAGGAACUUUGUGGUCCUUAUGUUUUCAUCAUCUUCAUGGUACUCCUCAUCCUGUUCUUCAUCUUCACCUUCCUGCGAGUGCCUGAGACAAAAGGAAGAACCUUUGACGACAUCGCUCAGGGAUUUUCUGCCAGUGUAGGGAAACCCUCCCAGUCCCUGGCGCUUGAGGUGGUGGCUGUCGGUCUGCCAGAGAGCAAAGAAGCUCCACCCAUGUCCCCCACAGAAAAGGUUCCCAUGGUGGAUCUCCCUGCAGAGAAGCCAUGAGCGUCCUUACAGAGAAGAAGGAAGAGUUAGGGUACUACACAGACAACAUGUUUCAAGCACAUAGAUAUUGUAAGGAGUUACAUUUGAUAACUUACAAUUGAUGAAAGUGCAGCGGGGUGUUUUUAGAAAAAGCCAACUCAGUGUAUUAAUAAUUUAGAAAUAAGAUUUUAGUUUUUAAUAUAUAUUUUCAGUGUUCCUUUUUUUUUUUAUUAAAUUCAGUGUUUUUUAAAGAUCCCAAGUUACAAACGCUAAAAUGAUUGUUGACAGAAUUCCCUGUAAUCCUGACUGAAACAUGGGCCAAACUUAACUGAAUUACCAGUUCUUAAUAUUUGUGGACAUACCCAGUGCCAGCCCCACGCAUAUUGCCAUAUAAGAGGAUCAACAUAUGUUUAGUGUUAAGUCCCAGGUCUUCAGCUACUCCCAGUGUUUAAAGGUUGCAGGAUUUCAGGGGGUUUAUGUAUUAAGGUCAAGCUUUUUGGAGCCAAGUAGUUUGACCCAGAAAAGACUGACUUGCUGUCCUGUAUGCCUGCCUGAUGUUUGUUGCUGCAAAGGGGAGAAAGGCCUGUUGCCUUAAGUAGACACAAUAAACAUGGAGGAGGUGCUUCAAAAGUAAUUAUAUAUAUAUAUAUAUAUAUAUAUAUAUAUAUGUGUAAGCAUGUAAGUAGAAGUUAAAAAAAUAUUUCUUCUCAUCAUGUACCACAACAUCCCCUGACAGUAGAGGAUGUUUGUGUCAAGACCGUUCUUUAAAUUGGUACUGUCUCCAUCAAGUAUAUUGUUUGUAUGAGAAUGAUGUGUAUAACACUGCAAAGCCUAAACAAAGUUUCCUCAUAGACUUUCUACUCUUAAAAACAUAACAUAACCUGUUGUGUUUUAUGAUUUCACUGCAGGGUACAGCCAGGAUGACAAAUUGUUGUAGUGCAUUUGUUUUAUAGUUUGCAUUACGGCAGUUGGAUAUAAAAACUCAGGUGGCUACUUGUGUUAUACUGUACACUCGGCUUCUGACAUUUAUCCAUCACUGUCUGUUAACUCUUAUUUGACAGUAUGUAGGUCAUGAAAUAAAAUGUCUUACAAUCUCUAAAACAGUGUUACAUAAAUUCAAAAGUGCUUGUCGGUGUUAAACAGCCAUUUGUGGGAUGUAUCGAAACAAAUUGACGUCUACUGAUAUUUAAAUAACGACACGUAUUUCAGUCAAAACAAGAUGUUAGCCAUGUGGGUUGGUGAUGUUGAAUAAAAACACUAAAUAAAUUGUAUUUAUUUCAAUGAUGAACGCACAAAAAAUAUCUUAUCAUAUGUGUUUGUUUCUAAUUGUCUGAAAUCAUGUGUAUAUAUUGUAGAAUAUCCACUUACUGCAUCAAGAUCAAGUAUUAGAGCACUGUGUACAUGCUUAUAAAUGUCGUGUCAGUGUUUUUUACAGUUACAUAUUUCUCUGUAUGUGCGCACACUCAUAAGGAAGUACUUUUCAACGUUUGAGCUUAGCAGCGUUUUCAUUUGCACUUUGGCAGUCGGUCUACUUUCUAAUGAUUGCUUAUAUUAUUUGUGGCUCCCGUGUAAAUAUGUAUGUGUUAGGGUGUGUAUGGUUUUGGUUGCUUUUUGUUUUUCAUAAUCCUGUUUUAUCUGUGUUACAUUCACUGAUUUAUUUUGCACUCUGGAAAUACUGUUACUAUGGUACUAUGGUGAAUGUCAUUGUGUUGCUUAACAGUAGACUGAAGUGAGAUGUGAUGAUGGUUGGGUGUGCAUGAGAGUCAGCUGAUAGAUGACCUUUACUGUUUUCCUAGUAUAAUGUCCUCAGUUCUCCUUCUGUAAUAAAAUACUGAUAUUUGCUUUGUGAGACUAAAAAGAAAAUAAAGUUGUCCAUCUUUUAA